AUGUCCAUUCCACUCCCACAUGCAGAGUUCCAGUGGGACCACUAUGAUAGCAAAGUUAACCCAGUCAACGGGCAUGUGGAGUGUACAUAUAGAACUUUGACUUGUUCAUGGUCUGCACCAAGAUUUGUCGAGAGUCCAUUUCUUCAGGUUCACGGACUAGCACCAGGGCUUAAUUAUGGACAGCAGGCCUUUGAAGGGCUUUUGGCUCACAGGACCGCUCGAAACCGAAUCUUGAUCUUCCGACCUGCUUCGCAUUCUUCCCGGUUCCGACACUCCGCUUCGGUUGUUAGUAUGCCUCCAGUUCCAGAAAGUCUAUUUCUCGCUUGCGUUCACAUGGCCGUGGCCAGAAAUGCAGAGUUCGUACCCCCUCACAACUUUGCUGGCAACAUGUACAUCCGCCCGCUCGAGUUCGGUUCCAGUGCACAAAUUGGUCUCGACGUACCUGAUGAGUUCACAUUCUGUGUCUUUGUACAGCCCCAUGUUCCACUGCAUGGGCACACGCCAUUGCGAGCACUUGUUGCUGAGGAGUUUGACAGAGCCGCCACACGAGGAACUGGAAACUGCAAAGUCGGCGGCAAUUAUGGCCCUGUUCUCAAGUGGUCCAAGGAUGCAAAAAAGCCAGAGAAUGGCGGAUGGAGCGCCCUGCUCCAUGUGGACAGCAAGACGCAAUCCUACGUGGAUGAAUUCAGCGCGGCGGCUUUGAUUGGGGUCAAGAGUCCUGAUCAAGAGAGCACUCAAGUGCCAAUACUUACAGUCGCACACAGCGAAGCGGCCAUACACAGUAUAACUGCAGAAUCAGUCGUCACUAUCGCCCAAUCAUUUGGCUGGACCGUUGAAAGGCGGUUGGUCAAGCUUGAAGAGCUCUCAAGUUUUAGUGAGGUAUUCGCUGUCGGUACAGCAGCAACCAUCAGACCGUGCUCUUUGAUUUACCACAGAUCAACUGGUAAACACUUCACAUUUACAUCCGAUGGACCGUACUACCAGCGGCUAUGGAAGACCUUGUCCGGUAUCCAAAAGGGUGAGAUAGAAGACAUCUUUCAAUGGUGCCAGGACCUGAGAUUUGAAGAAUUCGGGGAGAGGGGACAUAAUGGUCAGCCAACUGCCGAUCCUACUAGAGUGAUAGAAAUGCCAGAGUAG